CCUUGCGCCCCCCGCCUCACUCACUCAGAGCCAGGAGGACGGAGGGCGGCAGGGAGAGGGUCUCCUGGGUCGGCCAUGGCGGCGUCGGGUCCGUCGGGGGCGUUGGGGCGCUGCAGCCACGCGGUGGUGCGGGGCGUGCCGGAGUCCCUGUGCCGGGGGGCGCUGAGGAGGCGGGCGCCGGGUCAGGCGGAGGCGUCGGUGGACCUGUCCCGGGCGGAGCGGGAGCACGAGGUGUACGUGGGGGUGCUGAAGGGGAAGCUGGGGCUGCAGGUGCUGGAGCUGCCCCCCGACGAGGGCCUCCCGGACUGCGUCUUCGUGGAGGACGUGGCCGUGGUCUGCCAGGAGACGGCCCUCCUCACGCGCCCGGGGGCCCCCAGCAGGAGGAAGGAGGUUGAAGCCAUGAGGAGAGCACUUGAAAGCCUUGGCUUGAAUAUUGUAGAGAUGACAGAUGAACAAGCAACCUUAGAUGGAGGAGAUGUUUUAUUUACAGGCAGGGAAUUCUUCGUGGGUCUUUCAAAGCGAACCAAUCGUCGUGGUGCAGAAAUUCUAGCCGACACCUUUAAGGAUUAUGCUGUUUCCACAGUUCCUGUUUCUGACUCCUUGCAUCUGAAGAGUUUUUGCAGCAUGGCUGGACCAAACCUCAUUGCUAUUGGUUCGAGUGAAGCUGCACAGAAAGCCCUCAAGACUAUGCAACAGAUGAGUGACCACCGCUACGACAAGCUUACAGUUCCUGAUGAUGCUGCAGCAAACUGUGUAUAUUUGAACAUUCCUGGCAAAGGUCAUAUUUUGUUGCACCGAGCCCCUGAAGAAUAUCCAGAAAGUGCAAAGGUAAAAUCAAAAAUACUGUUCUUUGUUCCUUUAAGGUGCUGAUCAAUGCUGAAUUAAGAAGAGUAGCGAAGGAGAAUAAAAGCCAUGUAUUGCUAACCUAGCCUCCACAUGCAACUAGGAUUUUUCAAAUAUGGUAACUGCUUAGAAAAGAAAAAAGAGGAAGAUAUGAACCACAAUUGUGGGCGGUGGAUGGUGCUAGUUAAAGAGAAACUUGUGCUGGUGAGUUCAGGAGCCCCCAGUUGGGCUCCUGAACUCCAUAAUAGCUCCUUAAGACUUCUCCAUUCUUGUUCUUUACCAAGGACAGUAGAUCCACACUGAAGGUUGGGACACUUGUUAGGAUCGUAUUGGUGGUCCACUGAAUCAGUUCUGGAAUGGAUGCUGACACAUAUAAUAUUCUUUUAUCACCUAAUUCGUAUUUUCCCUACUUUUUUCCACUCUGUUGGGUACUUAUUUCUUUCCUCAGUGUGGUAUUUGCAAGUGACCCAUAAGUAAAUUUGAGACAGUAGCAAAAGACAGCUAUAGUGGAGUGAAUAAGUCAGGAUUUUUGACCACAUUGUGCACUUUUAUUUAAAAAGUAUCAAGCUUAGCAAGAGGAUGAAAUGAUAAUGGCUAAGCAUUUCUUGCUAUGGAUUCCUCCUUAGCUGCUCAGUGAAUUCAUUUCCCCUCCACACCUGUUUUGGAAUAAAUUCAUCUUAACAUUGCUUUUUGCUUGUACUUCAAUAUUUUCUAUAUUGAAAACACAUUCCCAGGUAUGUUUUUAAGGUCCAGUUAUACUUGAUGGCAUAUUGUAAUGAAACAAUCUCUCACACAGAUAUAAAUAAAGACUAUGCAUGUUCACAGUGAUUUUACAACAACUCUCUCAAUGAAUAUUAAAAUUAUGACAAAUGCUAAUAAUUCACUAAAAAUAUCAUUUCGAUUUGGGGUGGCCCACAGUUUUUUUAUGCUUUAGGUUGGCUUUUGUUGGCACGGUGGCAGUAUGCCUAACAGCACCUGAUGCCAAAACAAAGCACUAGUGAGCUAGAAAU